GGGGUACCUCCUUUGCACGCUCUGUUGCUCGCUCACCCACUCGCCCAUCCUUAUCCACAAGUCGCCCCCCCCUUCCAGACUUGGGAGGAGGCGCCUACUGCCUUGCGGGCUGGCUCUAAGGGGAGGGUGCGUUUAUAAGGAGAGUGGGUGGCGCCGGCGCGAGAACUUUUAGGUUGUUUGUGUUUGGCGCAAGCAGCUGCAAGCGGCGAGCCGAAGCUGUGCUGAGGAAAAGCUCGAGCAAUGGAAUCGGGCAUGGAUCUGUUUUCUGGAUUCUCUAUUUUUCUGUCUGAAAAUAGUACUGACGAGCCAGGCUCUGGUGACGAUGGGAACUAUCAAGAGGUGUGUUUGGACCAGGAAAAUGCCGAUUUCAACCGGAUCUUCCUGCCCACAGUCUUCUCCAUCAUUUUCUUGACGGGAAUCAUUGGCAAUGGCUUGGUUAUUGUUGUCAUGGGCUAUCAGAAGAAGCUGAGGAGCAUGACUGACAAGUAUAGGCUACAUCUGUCCGUGGCUGACCUCCUGUUCGUCAUCACUUUGCCCUUCUGGUCUGUGGAUGCUGUGAUCAGCUGGUACUUCGGGAACUUCUUGUGCAAAAUGGUCCAUGUCAUUUACACCGUCAACCUCUAUAGCAGUGUCCUGAUCUUGGCCUUCAUAAGCUUAGAUCGGUAUCUGGCCAUUGUGCAUGCUACCAAUAGCCAGAGACCCAGAAAGUUGUUGGCGGAAAGGAUUGUCUACAUAGGCGUUUGGCUACCAGCUGUGCUUCUGACUGUGCCCGAUAUCAUCUUUGCUAGUACUAGUGAGCUAGGUGGAAAAUACGUGUGCCAGCGAUUUUACCCUCAUAACUGGCUGAUUUCCUUCAGAUUUCAACAUAUUUUAGUAGGCCUUGUCCUGCCUGGUCUUAUAAUCCUGACUUGCUACUGUAUUAUCAUUUCUAAGCUGUCACACUCAAAAGGCCAUCAGAAGCGCAAAGCUUUGAAGACCACAGUCAUCCUUAUCGUUGCCUUCUUUGCCUGCUGGCUGCCAUACUACAUUGGCAUCACCAUAGACACUUUUAUCCUCCUUGGAUUCAUCAAGAAUGGCUGUCUCUUUGAGGCAGUAGUGCACAAAUGGAUCUCCAUAACUGAAGCCCUGGCGUUUUUCCAUUGUUGCCUGAAUCCCAUCCUUUAUGCUUUCCUGGGUGCCAAGUUCAAGACAUCGGCCCAAAAUGCUUUGACCUCUGUUAGCAGAGGCUCAAGCCUUAAGAUCCUUUCCAAAGGCAAGAGAGGGGGACAUUCUUCUGUUUCGACUGAGUCAGAGUCUUCGAGUUUCCAUUCCAGCUAACAGUAUCUUCUAUUUCUCUCAAUAUUUGUACGAUUGGGACUCUUUUUAUACAUAGAUAUAUAUAUAUAUAUAUUUGUUCCACAUAAUUUUGGAGGAGAAAUCCUCCAAGAUAAUGUACGAGCUUAUUCCCAGUUGGAAUGUUAUAUUUGCUUGUAGUUUUCUGUGGGAUUUAAUGGACUUAUUUAUGAAAUAAAAAACCUCUGUACAUAUUAAUAAAUGCACGUCUAGGAGGCAGGACCUGAAUAUGUGGAUAGGAGAUAAAAGUUUUACUGCUUGUCUGUCUAGUUAUGCCAGAUUUUAGAUCUAAACCCUUUUAGAGGAUAGCAUAAUCUAUGUGUGUGAAUUUGUUUGUAUAUAAAAUAAGUAUUUUCAGUAUAUUGGUUGAAAGAAGGCAUAAUCUUUUAUAUGGUUGUUGAGGACUCUGUCCUAGAUUGCAUAAGCUGUUUUGGUUUACACUAGUUUAAUUGCAUUAUAGAUAGUCGAUGCAGUCCACAUCUUACAAAAGACAAAUAUUAAAAUGCAUAAAAUUAAACACGGCUGAAUUGCCCCCAGUGGCACAUACAACCAAAGUAUCCUCUGUCAAGUGCUCUUUUAAUAACAAAUUGGAUUGCAUAUCUUUUGCCAUUGUAAAGUUGUAAAUAAAAGUGUCACAAAAGAAAACUA